UGUUGAAGUCUUUUACGGCAGCAGUAAGUCAACAGUCUUGUGUUUGAGGGCGCAACAGGAGACUGAAGUGAUGAGGAGGAGGUGGGCUGCUUAAUGUCCCCAGCCCACCUCUUAUUCCUCCUCCUCCAGCUGCUUCCAGUCGCUUUCUGUCAGCAGGAGCCGGAGGAGAGAUCAGUCCACCCGCGCGCUCCUGAAGUGAGGAUCCCGACGACCAUUUCCAGGAGAGAAAUUCUUUUUUAUCCACCUUUAUUUCAGCGAGAAUAUAAAAAUAUGAGCUUCCGCUCUCUGCCUAUCUGAUGCAAUACUUCAGUAUGCUUAAGUUAGUUUGAGGAACUUUUGGGGAGCUUUUACGCGCAAGAGUCUCCAGCGCACCAGAAGAUCUCCGUAUGCCCUUGGUGAAUUAUAAAUAGCUUCAUCACUCAGUUGUGUUAAUAUGUUUUCCUACGAGAUGUUCAUCUGCGUUCUGGCCAUCGCCUGUCUUCUGGAGAUCCCCCGAGACACCGCAGCCGCGUCCUGCGAGCCCAUCCGCAUCCCCAUGUGCAGGACCAUGCCGUGGAACAUGACCAAGAUGCCCAACCACCUCCAUCACAGCACGCAGGCCAACGCCGUGCUCGCCAUCGAGCAGUUCGAGGGGCUCUUGGGCACCCAGUGCAGCCCGGAUCUGCUGUUCUUCCUGUGCGCCAUGUACGCGCCCAUAUGCACCAUCGACUUCCAGCACGACCCUAUCAAGCCCUGCAAGUCCGUCUGCGAGCGGGCCAAGUGCGGCUGCGAGCCGGUCAUGAAGAAGUACAACCAUACGUGGCCGGAGAGUCUGGCCUGCGAGGAACUGCCCGUCUACGACCGAGGAGUGUGCAUCUCACCUGAGGCGAUAGUCAAAGCGGAGGGGCCAGAUAAUCCUUACUAUCAAGACCCUUCAAAAUGUAACCCUGAAGGAAAUCCAGACUUCCCAAUGGAUUCACAUAAUGCCAACUGCAAAGGAGCUAAUGAACGGUGCAAAUGCAAGUCUGUAAAGCUUGCUCAAAAGACAUAUUCAAAGAACAAUUACAAUUAUGUGAUCCGGGCAAGAGUGAAAGAGAUCAAGACUAGAAAUCACGACCUGAGCGCCAUUGUGGAGGUCAAAGACGUCCUGAAAUCUUCUCUGGUCCACAUCCCUCGAGACACCGUCACUCUUUAUUAUAACUCGGGGUGUCUGUGUCCUCCGCUAGCAGCCAAUGAGGAAUAUAUCAUCAUGGGUUAUGAAAACGAGGAAAGGUCCAGACUGCUGCUCAUUGAGGGAUCUAUUGCACAGAAGUGGAAAGAUAAAAUGGGACGGAAAGUGAAGCGCUGGGACCAGCUGUUGCGUCAAAACCCAAACCCAAGCAAGAACCCGAGACGGACCCGCCACUAACUGUCUAUUGAAAAUCCACACGGAGAAGAAGAGGUUCAAAAAACUGAAAAAUUGCACUAUUGUACUUUUGUUUGUUUGUUUUUUCAUUUUUGGCUGAGACUGUUUUUUAGUUGUUGCUUUAUGUUUUAUUGUUGUUAUAUUCUCAUAAACAAAAUGUUGCCUUUGCACAAACAAAGUGUUGGUUUGACAUUGCCGUCUAUACUUGUUGGGAAAGGGUGGCGAGUGUCGGGCAGCGUUUGCCCAUCAAAGUGAAAAGGAAUGAACGAGAGGGAGGAGUAUUUUUUUAGCGGCGUUGAGGUGGAGAGCCACGGAGAUGCCAGUGUGCUUUGACAUGACGCAGCGCUCCAUUGAGCUCUCUGCAUACAAAAGCAACAAACGCUCUCUCAUCACAAACUGCAGCUGCGCUGAAUUUCCCCUCAGGAGGUUUAAACGUUCUUCUGAAGAACAAUGAACGGCGCGGGGGGAGAUAGAGAGAAUCCUUUGGCAGCAGCACAGGGACGUCGGGAUGAUCCAAGACUGGGAGUGUAACAUUAUCGUGGACGACGAGAACAAGCUGUUGGGCUUUCCGAAUGAUGUUCAUUUAAAAAAAGAAAAAAAGCUUUUUACAUGAUACUUUCUGUAGUUCUGUUCUCUCGUAGAUAUGCUUGAUCUAAAGUGUCAUUCCUAGGAAGAGGUAGCAUUUGCAAGUGUCAUGCAAUUAAAACGGCUAUUAUUGUACAAACUGUACAUAAUGCUUUAGAAUCCACCGUUAUCAGUCAUAUCUUGGUUUACAUCUAGCUGAUGACAUGACCAUGUUUGUAUGCAUUGUUAAUGACAUCAAUUUUACAAAUAGACAUUUUGUCUUCCAAGACAAACAAGAAUAUUUCUUCACUGUACUUUUCGGUUCAAGUAAAGAUGUUUAAUCUUA